CUAUUGUAUAGAUCCAUGAGGGCGUCCCUCUCCGCCACCAGUAGGAACGGAGCCGGCCGGCCGACCCGCGGCUCUAAGUCUGCGCAGGCGGAAGUCUUCGGGCGUCUGCAGUACCGACUGAGCAGGGCUGGCGGCCAUAGGGUCUUCGGAGCCGAUUGCAGGCUGCUCUUGGGCAUCUCCCGAGACCCCCACCUCUCCUCGCCUCGACGCCGGGCAGGGAAUGGCUCGUUUCGCAUUAACCGUUGUCCGACAUGGAGAAACAAGAUAUAACAGAGAGAAAAUUCUUCAAGGUCAAGGUGUAGAUGAACCUCUUUCAGAAACUGGUUUUAGACAAGCAUCUGCUGCUGGUGAAUUUCUUAAGAAUGUGAAGUUUACUCAUGUUUUCUCUAGUGAUCUCACGCGUACAAAACAGACCACUGCUAUGAUUUUGGAGAAAAGUAAAUUUUGUAAAGAAGCAACAGUAAUAUAUGAUAGAAGACUUCGUGAAAGGAAGUAUGGCAUCGCAGAAGGUAAACCUCUAUGUGAAUUAAAGGCAUUGGCCAAAGCAGCUGGGGAACAAUGCCCAAAUUUUACACCUCCUGAAGGAGAAACAUUAGAUCAGGUGAAAUUACGAGCAAAGGACUUUUUUGAAUUUCUUUGUCAACUAGUACUGGAUGAAGUGGGUCAGAAAGAAAAGCCCUCAUCAGGAAUAAUGGACAGUGGCCGGGAGGCCUUUCUAACAGGAAUAUUUUCAUUAGGAAGCAAUUGUGGAUCUGAUCUUAAUUCAGAGAGUGUUUCCCAAGUAUUAGAUGCUAAUAUAUUGGUGGUGAGUCAUGGGGCUUACAUGAGAAACAUGUUUACUUAUUUUGUAGUUGAUCUAGACUGUAACUUACCAUCAAAUCUAACCAAAUCGGACCUCAGUUCAGUCAGCCCCAAUACAGGGAUAAGUCACUUUAUAAUAAAUGUAGAACAAAGUGCUACAGGAAUUAAAAAAACCAUAAAGUGCAUUUGUAUUAAUCUACAUGAUCACCUAGCCAGAAUAACAGAAAGUGCCUAGCCCCAAAUAAAUCAUUAGGAUCUUAAUAUUUUUGUGUCAUUGAGGGAGCACCUUGCUUCCAAUAGUUGUGAUUCCAAAUACUUAAAAAUUUCAAAAAUAGAUAACAAAAUGAACAUGGAAAGCUAAAACAUGUUCUCAAAGAGAACCCAGGGGAUGAGUUUUUAAGUAUGUUUUGAAAAAGAUCCACUACUGGCAUUUUGUAAAAGAAAUGUCACUUGAGUGACAUGUUGCUUUGACAUGUUAAAUGUCAUUUGAGUAGAAAUGGCCAUCUCCUUGUUGAUAAAAUCCAGUGUUGUCAAAUGAAAGUAUUAUAACUUUGUUAUAAUUUUGAAAUAUAAUUUAUUAUCAUUGUAUUUAAUGUAUUGCUUUAUUUUGCUAAAUGUUAGCACUGAGGAUGGUUAUUUUUAAUAACACUACCAUGAUUUAUAAAAGAAUUGCUUGUGUCUGAGAAUUUUUUUUCCUUUUUAACUAAUUUUGGCUAGAUUUUGCAGCUAUCAGAUCAUGUUUUUUGUUUUGUUCUACUUUGUUUCUUAUAUUUUUCAUAGCCCAAAAUAAUUAUAGGCUAUAUGAUUGACUUUUAGUGGGUAACAUACAUUAUAUUUCUUGCCCUUUUGUGUUUGGAAAAAGCAACUAUUUAUUAUGAAAUAUUGUCUCCUAUUAUAUAGAGUGCUUCUAAGCUGAAGAAAUCUACUUUCUGAAUAAAACAUUUAUCAACAUGAAGAUUAUAAAAAUAAAGCAACAUUAAUAUUUUUUAUGGAGAAAAUAAUUCUUAGAGCCUUUUAGAAGUAAGAUUACUUACUUCUAAAGAAUAAGACCUAGAUUCUAAGAAUAAACCUAGAUUAUUAGAACAAAAUAAGUUGCUAAAUCACAGAACUUUGGAUUCAAAGCGAAAGGAUAAGGAGAGGAUUUUUUAAGUCGUCCCACAAGAGGGAAAGAACACUAUCCUGGGAAUUUAAGAAACCUUGUCCAGAUCCUAGCUUUGCUCCUAGUAGUCACAUGCUCUUUGAUAGGACACUCCUUUCUGACUCUUCUGAGCUUCAAUUUCCUUAUCUAUAAAGUAUGGGGGUUGGACUAGAGCAUAUCUGGUGUCCCCUCCAUUCCUAAUAUGCUGGAAUUCUAAAUUGGAGAGAAUACAAUUUAACUUGGUUACUAAAUGGCUCCAGUAAACCAGUGAAGGGAAGGAUGAACCAGUGGAAUCAGCUUUGGAAAAGUAAGUGGAGCUGCUGUAAGGAGGAAAGAUGAGGGAAGGACCCUGAAUUAGGCUCAAGAUGGAGCAUUGAAUCCAACCUUCUCUUGUUAAUAUCUAUGUGAUUGGUUGUUUUCAUCUCUAAAAUGUGGUGAUUGGACUAGGUAAUCAGGGAAUCGGCUGGGUUUCAGAAAAAGCCCAAGACCUCACAUUGUAAGUUCUUGAUGCCUUUUCUGUUUCUGUUCAGACGCUCUAGUCCCUUCUUUGUCCAUUUCAAGUAAGAGUAAGGCUGAUCUGAUAUUCAUUUUUCUUAAACUCCCUCCAUAAUGGUACUGACUUCAGUUUGCUUUCCUAUUUGCACUUGUUCUCCUAUUCCUUUUAUUUUUCCUUUCCCCUCUUAAAACCUUAAAAACAGAAUCAAUCUACCUCCUGGAACCUCUCCUUUGCUUAUUUAACUCUCAGUACCCUUUGAAGAUGUUAAAAUUCUGAGGGACAAUGGUUUCUUUUCCUUCUAUCAGAAUGUCACAUCUUAUAGCUCCUUUUGCUUUGUCGAGUAAAUUUGUAUCAUUCUUUUGGAAUCAUGGAUGAUCAAGUUUGUCAAAUUUUUGUAAUGUUGCGCAGUUGUUCUUCUAGCUGUUCACUCUACAUUGGUUAAUUCAACUUCCCAGGUUUCCCUAAAAUUAUUCCCUUAAUUUUUUUUAGCAAAAUAGUAUUUAUUACAUUUGUAUGCUAUAAUAUAUAUUCAACCUUUUCCUAAUUAAUGGGUACCUCUUUAGUUUCUAAUUUUUUACCACUAUAAAAGAAGUUGAUAUAGAUAUUUGUAUAUAGGGACCUUUUCUCUUUGAUCUCUUUAAGGAUGGUUUAAGCACAGUUCCUGUAUUGCUGGAUGUAAAGGAUUUUCAUAAUUUACUGACUUUUGGCAAUAGUUCCAAAUUGCUUUGCACAGCUUCAUUUGUUUUCCUGAAGUCCCUUCUACCAUUUAUCAUUUUUAUUUAUCAGUAUUGACAAAUUGGGUGAGAGGUUGAACUUCAGUUACUUUAAUGAUCAUCUCUAAUGUUUAGUAAUUUGGAAUCUUUUUUUAAUAUAGAUAUACUGGAUUUCUUUGAGAACUGUUUGUUCAUAUUCUUUAACUGUCAAUUGUAGGGAACAACUUUUACUUUUGUAUAUAUUUGAAUUGGUUCCAUAUAUGUCUUAAGUGAAACUUUUAUUAGAAAAACUUUUUUUCUCCAGUUAUAAUCAUAC